GGUUCUGACUUCUGAGAAGGAAAAAAGCCAGGAGAGGAGACCGCUGCCGCCAUCGCCAGAUGCAAAGGCGCACCUCCACCCCGUCGAAUCUGAGAGUCAGUCAAUGCACAAAUAUUCUUCAAAGCAAGAUUCAAUGUGUGCACAACGCAAGGAGUCCAAUAUGUGUGGGUACUUUGCCUCAACGAGUAACCCAGCAACUUUGCAAACAGGAGUAUUAUCGUCAUUGCUGACAGGAUUCUGGAAUCUUAUUGCGCACCAAGCAUGGGCUUAACUUUGAUGACCGAGUCUUGCAAGGCAAGGAAAAAUGGACGACUCCGUCCUCUAUAAACGCGCUUGUUGAAUUGUCGGCCAAAGACAUCGGAGAAAGUCAUCGUCGGAGCCCAUGAACAGAGAAGAGAGGAGCCACGUCCACCGCCGCUGCCUCCCGAAGCGGAUCAUCCUGGUGCGGCACGGCGAGAGCCAGGGGAACCUUGACACGGCGGCGUACUCGACCACGCCCGACCACAAGGUCCCGCUUACUCCGCAGGGCGCCGAGCAGGCCCGCGCCGCCGGCGAGUGCAUCCGGCAGCUGCUGUCGUCGGAGGACGGGGAGAACUGGAAGGUGUACUUUUACGUGUCGCCGUACGAACGGACGCGGGCGACGCUGCGGGAGCUGGGCCGCGCCUUCCCGCGCAACCGCAUCGUCGGCGUCCGCGAAGAGUGCCGGAUCAGGGAGCAGGACUUCGGAAACUUCCAGGUGGAGGAGCGGAUGAAGGCCAUCAAGGAGGCGAGGGAGCGCUUCGGCCGCUUCUUCUUCCGCUUCCCCGAAGGCGAGUCCGCCGCCGACGUCUUCGACCGCGUUGCCAGUUUCAUGGAGUCGCUGUGGAGGGACAUCGACAUGGGGAGGGUGGAGCAGGACGAGAAGGCGGAGGUGAGCUUCGUGAUCGUGUCGCACGGCUUGACCUCGCGGGUGUUCCUGAUGAAGUGGUUCAAGUGGACGGUGGAGCAGUUCGAGCUGCUGAACAACCCCGAAAACUGCGACAUCAGAGUCAUGCAGCUCGGUCCCAGCGGCCGCGACUAUACCUUCGCCCUCCACCACUCCGAGGAGGAACUCAGGCAAUGGGGGCUGUCGCCGGAGAUGAUCGCCGACCAGCAGUGGAGGGCCACCGCCAACCGUGGCAGUUGGCACGAGAACGAUCUCUGGCAUCUGGGGAAUUUCUUCGAACACCUAAAGGACUCCGACGACGAGCAGAAGCCGACCGAGUAGCAGCCAUUUUUUUUUUUUUUCAACUCAUAAUUAUUUUCGCUUGUGUGCCAGAUAUUGCAUUCGCAUUUUGUGUCACCACUUGAUUGUUGUCUCACAGUAUCCAUACGAUUGUUUGCUAGGUCCUCUGAUCAAAGUUUCAGCUGGGCGUAGAAUAUUUAAGUUGGAUGUUUGAUUUUUCUCAGGGCCGUUUGUAUCUUAUUAUGAGAUUGGCAAUAUCGAACC